AUGUAUCUUCUCGGCUCUUUUGUGACGGCGAACUGGAUAGCACUGGUAACUGCGCAACAACAGGGCUAUCUAGGCUUCAACUCUGGUGCCACCCUCGACAGUAGCAAGGCCAAGGAACAGGCUGAUUUUGAGAGGGAGUUCCGCACCGCGCAGGGACUUCGAUCAUCUCCAGGCAGCUUCAACAGUGUCAGACUCUACACAAAUGUCCAAUCCGGCACGACAGACGCUCCUAUUUCCGCGUUUCCUGCUGCUCUCGCGACCAACACUUCCAUGCUUCUCGGCAUCUGGUGUUCAGGGACGACAAGCAUCAGGAACGAGUUGACCGCUCUGCAAUCAGCUAUCUCGCAGCAUGGGCAGCCAUUCGCAGAUCUAGUCGUCGGCAUCUCAGUCGGCAGCGAGGACCUCUACCGCAUCUCCGAGAGUGGAAUAGAAAACGAGGCGGGUAUCGGUACUGGACCAGACGAGAUUGUGGACUUUAUCCAGGAGGUACGCUCGAGUAUCGCCAAUACAGCGCUGAGUCAGAAGCCUGUUGGUCAUGUUGAUUCGUGGAGUGCUUGGGCAAAUUCGUCCAACUCCGCUGUCAUCGAGGAGGCCGACUUUAUCGGUACUGAUCUGUACCCCUACUACGAGAAGGACAAGGGCAAUACCUUCUCCAACGCCACCACCAUCUUCGAAUACAUCUACAACGAGACACUAUCUGCUGCAGGGAACAAGCCUGUCUGGAUCACCGAGACUGGCUGGCCAGCCGAAGGCCCCAUGUUUGGCCAGGCAGAGGCAUCCAUUGAAAACGCAAAGACAUAUUGGGAUCAGAUCGGUUGCGGCCUGUUCGGCAGGACCAAUGUAUGGUGGUACACUCUGCGCGACUCCAAUCCAGCCAACAAGGAGAAAUUUGCCAUCACAGAUGACUUGUCGACGACCCCCAAGUUCAAUCUCAGCUGCCCUGCUGACAGUGGAGCGCCGGCGUCGAUCAACAACGACGCGCAGUCUGCAGCAAGCAUGGUCGGAAGUGAUCCGUUGUUGUGGCCUAUGAGCCUCUGUGCAGUCUUGGCAACUGUGGGCUGGCUAAUCUAA